AUGCCAACGUACUUUAGGAGGGCAGUUUUGCGUGAACUUUUGGGCAAUGCCGUUUCCCAAGAACCGCCAGGGGACGGGACAAGAUGGUUCCGGGCCUGGGGAGAGCGUAGAUCGCCUAAUCCCAACUGCAAAUUUGGGGAUUAUCUCGCCAGCGUCCCUUCUCCAUCUGGAAGGACUAUGAAAUACGAUGUCUUUUAUUGA